UUUCGCUUCUCAUUUUAUUCCCCACGUGCUGAAAAAUUGUCAACCGGUGUGUAGGAAACAUUAAAACAUAAACAUUACGGGCUAUGGAAGUAAUUAUCGGAACUUAUGAGGAAUUCCUCCUCGGUUAUAAACUCAUAAUAAAUGAAAAUGCAAGUUUUGUGCAAUCCUUUGCGGAUAAAUCACAUGCGGGUCCACUCAAAUGUCUAGCAGUGCAUGGAAAUUUCGUGGCUACUGGCGCCACAGAUGAUCGUAUCUUCUUGUAUGACAUGCGUUCGAGAAAACAAACAAAUAUUAUUUUGUCGCAUGAGGGUACCAUCAACGCAUUGGCUUUUACACCGGACAACUCACAUUUGCUAUCAGGCGGCGACGAUGGACGUAUGAUUGCGACACGUCAAAACACCUGGGCCACAGAGGGUAAUUGGAAGGCACACAAGGGUUUAGCAGUCAAUCAAAUUAGCUGUCAUCCGAGUGGCAAGCUAGCACUGUCACUCGGUGCAGAUCGUGUAUUAUGCACAUGGAAUCUGGUAAAGGGGCGUGUAGCGUACCGAACAAAUUUAAAGAGUCGCAGUACGUUGGGCACGCAACCAGAUUGUCUGACGUGGUCGCCAACUGGUGAUUAUUUCACAUUAUGUGGUUUUCGCGCUGCAGAAAUUUGGUCUAUCAAAUCAGCAGAUGCCUUGGUGAGUCGAAAAACAAAAGAAAAGCCUAUAUGUGUUUGCUGGGUGGCUGAUGAAUUAUGUCUGGUAGGCUUGGAGAGUGGUAAAAUAUUGUGGCUUGAAGUGACAGAAGAAGAAGGGGAAGAAGAUGAAAAGCAACAUUUUACGGAAGCGCACGACACAAGAGUUAAAGUUAUGGCUUUGCAUAAAGACACAUUAAUAACAAUAUCGAGUUCCGGCGAAAUGAAAGCUUGGCAAGUGAAUAUAAACAAGAAAAAUUUGAAACUAAUGUGCACAACCAACAUCGGCUGUCGUCCAACCUGCCUUAGCAUUUUAGACCUAACACAAUUCGGUGGCGCUUUUGUUUUAAAGAAUAACGACACAAAAGAAGACAAACAACAAGUGAAUAUUGUACCAAAGAAAACUGUGAAGCCGCCAGAACGUGGUGUUGUUACGAUUGAAUAUGAGGAGGAUGCACAGGACGAACCAGAGCAAGAAAGCAGUGACGAUGAUACAGAUUCAUCUGAACCGAGCAGCAGUCAAGUGCAAGAAAAAUCAAGGAAACGUAAGGGAAAUGUUGAUAAAAAAGCACAAUCACAAACAAAGCAAAAUCAAUCGAAACAAAAAGGACCACCAUUGAGUAAAAAGCAGAAAAAUAAUAAAAAUAAAUAAUAUUUUUAAAUAAAACAGUUGUUAGUAAAAAUAA